UAAACGACUGCGCGUCGUUCCGGGUGAAGUCAGCAGAGCACAGUUAGCGUUCAGUUAUUGUAAGCCGCUACAUUACUUUGACAAUCAGAAUAUGUAAACUGGAAGUCCCGGGCCGUCACUUUUCUCCAGUUUUCUUGGUUCAGGAAUAAAACAAUUUUAGAGAUAUCUCAAUUUUGCUUGACUCAACGGUCAGUAUUUCUGUAUUUAUUGUUUCAAAUAGACAUGGCAGUAUCAGCAGAUCACAUCCGGGAUAAGCUAACUAAGGAGCUCGGGGCAGUGCAUGUGGAUGUCGAGGAUACCUCUCAGAACAGAUGUGCAGCCAGCUAUAAAGUCCUGGUGGUGUCACCGCAGUUUGAGGGUAAACCAUUGUUACAGAGACACAGGAUGGUGAAUACAUGUCUCGUAGAGGAACUAAAGGAAAUCCAUGCAUUUGAACAGAAGACCCUCACACCAGAGCAGUGGGACAAACUAAAGCAGCAGUGACACACAUUUCCACCUGUAGCCAUGCCAUCUUUGUAACAUGUGAAAAGGUUAAAGUGCUCCAACUUACUACAUCUGUCAUGCUGAGACAAAAAUAAAACAUUUCACUGUC